AUGGCAGCUGAGGCCAGCGUCUGCGGUCAUGAAGGCUGUCAGAAGUCUUUCACUAAAGCGAAAUUGUUGGAAGCACACAAGAAGACCGACCAUCCGGAGCUGUAUCCUUUCGCAUGCGACGAGACCAAUUGUGAUUAUCGUACAGAUGCACAGAGAAGUCUUCGGGAGCAUAAGAGAAACAGCCAUGGUGUAGUGCAAUAUCCUUGCGAGGUUUACAACUGCGACAAAGACAGUGCUAAACUUGACCACUACCGACGCCAUCUUCGUACCAUACACAAGGGCAAUAUGCCAUGCACCUUUCCUGGCUGCAGCUUCCUAUUUGGCUCUCAGGUUGACCUUGACCAACAUAGUCCCGUUCACCAGGGAGCCCAACCACACGCCUGUGCCGCACAAGGCUGUGGUCGAUCCUUCGCGAACGUUGCCGCACUCCACACCCACGAAGUCAAUGAUCAUGGCCGAAGCUUGUGUCUGGUUUGCCCGAAAACUGUCAAAACCUUUGCUUUGCUGCUGCUUCAUGCCGAGUGCCACAACGGUAAUGUCGGAUGCAGCAAUUGCAACAUCACAAAGGCGCCAAAGGCGCACUGGACAAAAGCUCAUGCAUACACCACCAUACCUCUGACGGCCGAACUAGUCUAUCGGAGUAGUGGAAGCAAUGCAAACCUUGCGGUCCAAAAUAUCCAACAAACAGCUUCUCAGCCAUCGCAAUCGGCUCCUUUGACCGGUACGAAUCCCACUCAAGUCAUUAGACAACCGGCUUCGUGGAUAUCCACAUUCGCCAGCCAAUUCCCUGCUCGCAUCAAUUCAAUCCGAACCACCAAUUUAGGUUCUGUCCAUAAGCAAGCACCGUCGGACUCAGCAAGAUCAGAUGCGACUGCACUCCUCUCAUGGUCAAAUGCUUUGUACUCAUUGCCAUCAAUCAGUACUGUCUUGGAUACUUCGAGUGCGGUCCUGGCUACAGUCAAGAAGCUCCUCAGAGCCAGCUCUCUUCGCCAACUUGACGUCGAGGUUACUGUUAAAGCCUCUGCGGCUGGCAAGAUCUUGGACAGUAUUACUCUGAUCAUGAACGGGCAAUCUAGUGUAUUCCACUUGGGACGCUUCAUGGUCGGCGCUGAGCAUGAUGAUCGAUUUGCAUCGUAUCUGCGUCGCCUUGCUGAGAAGGCAGACUCUCCGCCCUCGAAGCUGAAGGCUACUGAGCAUUUGUGGUUACUGCGUGGAGCCUUUUCUCUUGUUGCUGAUGAUCUCAGCAAACAGCCAGAAUCUUCCUCGAAUGCCCUGAUCUCUCUACCAAUUCCCAGACUGGACCGCGACCAGAACGGACAGUUGACGUGUUAUGUUCCUCUUUGGGGAUACGGCAGACCAACGGAGACCAGCAAAGCAAACGAGACUGAAUGGAACGCACAAUGGGAGCUCGACGUGGACACUAUGCUGAGAUGUCAGCCUAUCCGGCCACUGUACGCUGAAUCCGUCAACUGGUUGCAGUCAAGCGUUGCACAGACGGUUGACCCAUAG